CCUUGUUAAAUUGCACACACUUAAUGGAAUAAAAAAGGACUUCAAUUUUCCACCAAAAUGAAGUGCCUCAGCCUUCACUCCCCAAUCUUACCUAAACAUUCAAGCAGCAAAUACAAAUGCCAGCACCGUAAAUCAAAACCAGCAGCUCAUAGCUUACUGGAGAAGCAGCAGUAUUAUUAUAAUGCUAAAUUGUCUUGUUUCCCAAACCACCAACCUACUGGCUUUCUAAAGGGACAAAAAAGGAGUCUGUUAAUUGCUCCGCUUAGGGCUGUAGAUAUACCUAUUUCCUCCUCCUCCUUUUUCAUAGCCGCGGCUAAUUCACCUGCUGCUCCGAGAGACUUGUCAGUUUUGCUACAGACAAGUGCAGUAAUGCUUUUUAUGUACUGGAUUGCCAACUUUGUGGUGCCGGGGAUCAUCUUAAAGGAUCUUCAAGAUGACAGUACCACUAGGGAUAAGAAGACUGAUGAAAAAGAUCUAUAAAGAUAAGCGAGAAGCAGAAGAUCGUUACAAAAAGAAACUGGAUUUUCAGUGAGAAAAUCAAUUAGGGUGAAGCUUCUGGGUACCCCGUCUGCUGUUGUCAAUGGUUCGUUUGAGGCGCACUUAAGUCCUGAGACUCAGUUAAAGCAAGCCGAAUUGUGUGCUUCGCGUUGAUAUAUUAAUUGUAUCGGUUAGUAAUGUUAUCUUUUAAAUCAAAGUCUGAAGCAUGUUUUAUGAAGGAAAAUCGUACUGUACAGUUGGUAGAGCAAGCUGAAUGUUUGCCGAUAAACUUUUGAAAGUUUUUACCACUUGGUAAAAUUUGAAUUACAGAAAGCAAACUGGUACUUCUUCCUAGCUAUUAGCAAAGCAAUCUUGAUUUUUCUGUUUGAAAUAUUGUUGAAAUAAUAUACACAGUCAAGACUGUUUUGGUUCA